AAAUGUGUCUUUGUCAGGGUGAAUGAUAUCAAGACUGGAGCCUUGGUGGGUAUUGACAAAUAUGGCAACAAAUACUAUCAGGACAACAGAUACUUUUUCGGCCGUCACCGAUGGGUGAUUUACACGACAGAGAUGAACGGCAAGAACACUUUGUGGGAUGUUGAUGGCAGUAUGGUCCCUGCCGAAUGGCACCGUUGGCUACACUGCAUGACGGAUGACCCUCCCACCACUCACCCUCCAGAACCCAAGAAGUUCCUGGCCAAAGUUCAUCAGUUCAACAACAGUGGCACACUGAACUGCUACGUGCCCUAUUCAACCACUCGCAAGAAGAUCCACGAGUGGGUGCCACCAAAAGCCGGGGAGAAAUAAUCCCCUCAUCCUGUUUGUGUUCCCUUACCACCUUUAACCAGUUCUGCUGUUUGGAACAUUCUGUAAAUUGUAGCUGUAUAAUCAUCAAUAAAUUAAAACAAAUGU